AUGUCUUCAACUCUUCUAAUCUUCUUUACUGUUCGAUGUGUUUUGCAAGAUGCAACUUGCAAUGACAUGGGGGGACAAGAAUCAAUCAAGCACUUGAUAAAAGAGACACAACCGAAUGGGGGUAAGUUGAUGGAGCCCAACGCCGACAAGCUACGCGGUCUUCGCAUCACCUCCCUCGACGAUGAAGAUGAUGAUGAGACAGAACUGCCCGCGACCGUGGCUGCGGCGGCCUCGGGCUAUGAUGACGAUGACGAGGACGAAGAUGAAGAAGCGGAAGUGAUGCUUGGUUUCCUGGAGAAGCCGAAGCAUCCAGGCCUCCUCCGCCACCUCUUUCCUAGCAAGGCCGGAGGCAUCCCGGCGUGGUUGGAUCCCAUGAACUUGCCCUCGGGGAACUCCAGCUGCUGUGGCUUCUGCGGCGAGCCCCUGCACUUUGUCCUCCAGAUUUAUGCUCCUAUUGAGAGCAAUGCAGCAGCAUUCCACCGCACUCUCUUCAUGUUCAUGUGCCCGUCGAUGGCAUGCUUGCACCGAGACCAGCACGAACAGUGGACACGCAACCAAGGCAAUCCUCGUAGAAGCGUGAGGGUUUUCCGGUGCCAGCUGCCUCGUACCAACGUGUUCUACUCAAGUGAACCUCCAAGUCACAAUAACUCUGACAAGCCACUAUGUGCCGGAGCUGCUCUCUGUCAUUGGUGUGGUACAUGGAAAGGGGAUAAAAUAUGUGGUGGCUGCAAGAAAUCACGUUACUGUUCUGAGAAACAUCAGGCACUGCACUGGCGCUCUGGUCAUAAAAAUGAUUGCCUACAGAUAAUCAAUUCUUCUGAAGCUUCAAGUUCUGUGCUGCCAGCUGUAGGAAAAGUUCCAGCUAGGACUUCUUGGCCGGAAUAUCAGAUAGCAAUUGACGAUGAAGUUGAUUUGGAUUCUGAUGGUUGUGAUGAAAACAGCUCAAAAUCCUUGGUGAUGCAAAAGCAUGGUAAACCAGAUGAUACAAUGCAGUCAUGGAUGGAUCAAUUUGAGGCUGAUGCUGACAACCAAUGCUGGGCAUAUUUUCAAGAGCGUAUCUCAAGAGCACCAGAGCAAGUAUUGAGAUACUGUCGAGAUCCAAAUGUAAAACCUCUGUGGGCUUUAUCAGCUGGGCGUCCAUCAAAUCCUGACAUCCCUUCAUGUAGCUACUGUAAAGGUCCACUAUGCUAUGAAUUUCAGAUAAUGCCACAAUUGCUUUAUUACUUUGGUGUGAGAAAUGAACCAGACUCUCUUGAUUGGGCAACAAUUGUUGUGUACACAUGUAAAGGAUCAUGUGAUCAAAGUACUAGCUACAAGGAAGAAUUUGCAUGGGUUCAGUUAUAUCCUACAUCAAUCUCAAGGCCAUAG